UAAGAGCUCUCAUUUACACAAAACAUUUGUAUCAUAUCCUAGUCCUGUGCUUAAGAUUUUCCUUCACAACUUUUUGUCUUUCUGAUAUUUCCUUUUCCAACCAGCUUUUUAUUUGGAUAAAAACCACACAGCAGAAAGAUGGCAAAUGAGCAAAUGAAGCCAGUUGCAACUCUUCUUUUGGGGCUGAAUUUUUGCAUGUAUGUCAUAGUUUUGGGCAUUGGUGGAUGGGCCAUGAAUAGAGCUAUAGAUCAUGGUUUUAUUAUAGGUCCAGGGUUCGAUCUUCCGGCUCAUUUUUCGCCCAUAUACUUCCCUAUGGGAAAUGCUGCCACUGGAUUCUUUGUUACAUUUGCUUUGAUUGCUGGAGUUGUUGGGGUUGGAUCAUUGAUUUCAGGACUGAAUCAUAUCCGUUCCUGGACUUCAGAAAGCUUGCCAUCUGCAGCUUCAGUUGCUGCCAUUGCAUGGGCUUUUACCGUUCUUGCCAUGGGUUUUGGGUGCAAAGAGAUUCAGCUGAACGUCAGAAAUUCUCGUCUGAAAACAAUGGAGGCUUUUCUGAUUAUUCUUUCAGCUACACAGCUUUUCUACAUAGCAGCUAUUCAUGGUGCCGCUGCAAUAAGGAGAUAAAACUUGAAUAAUACGAUUGAAGUGUUUGUGUGAUUUUUAUUUUAUUUUUUUGUUGCUUUCCUUACCUACUUGAACUAUUCAUUUAUUUAUUUUGGUGUGGUAUAUUACAUGAUUGGAUUUGUAUUGAUUAAGAAUAAAUUGUUUAUAAAAUAUUAUAAAUAUUAAUAUCAUCAGUAUAUUUUUUUACACAA